AUGUCCUCGGGAAUUGUCAAACGCCGGUUCAGGGUCGCUGUGAACCAGUUCCAUCUAAGGAUCAUCGGCGUGGGAGGGACCCUGGCCAGCGUCUGGAAGCCUUCCGCCUUGAUAAAUCAAGACACCGACUCAGUUCGCAGCGACUCGAGCGAGUGGGUCCUCGAUAUGGAGGGGGUCACUGGACACGCGUCAGCUUAUCGGACGGCUACAACCACAGUACUAUACUGCUGCGAUGAGCAUUCGAUCAGAUUUUGUGGGCGAAAUACCGGCACAGUCGACAUUUGCACCCUCGAUGAUCCAGAAAACACCGUGACCCAACUCUACAGGCACCGAGGAACCUUUACCAGCGAUACACUGAUCGACUGGGCAUACAAACCACGUUUGGUCGUCAGCGCGGACUCAUCAAAUUGCUUCCGGGUCAUGUGGAUCGAUCUCGCCGGGGUUUGGAGCGCCGAGCUACUACUAGAGGGCCGAGUCGAAGGCGAAUCCCCCAUCAGGCAGGUUCUUGUCCACCAGUGCGGCUUGCUCGUCCUCGUGUCUUCGCCCGAAUCAGACUCAUUACGGAAGAUUGUCCUCGAUUACUGUCCAGCGUAA